CCACCCCUCUCUAGCAGUGGUCUGGAACAGGAGGGCAGUAUGCAGCACACCGCUUUAAAGCAGCAAAGCUUCUGGAAAACCCAAACAAAAGGAACGUCACCAGGUGACGUCAGCCUAUAUACAGCCCUGUGUGGUCGCAGCGCAUAAGCAAACCCAUUCUUGUACCGCUUCCCUGAAAAGCUUUUCAGCGAACGCACUCAUGCUACUCCAGGAGCUUCUCUCAGCAAUAAGCCACCCAUCUGCCAUCAACAAGUUAGGACGAAGGGAAGCCACGGCUGCGGAGAAAGGAAACGCGAGCUUCAAUUAACCAGCCGAGCAGCCCUUCCGAGGAUGAAAACUUGGCUGAAGCACUGAUCCCGAAAUUGCCGAGCUGUCAGAGAGGAUCGAGCCGGCGGUUUCAGGAGGAAUAUUCCGAGAGGGCAUGGUGGAUUUGGUUUUGCACUAGUAUCAAAGGACGCUGAGCCCGGUCAGUUCUUGAAAGGCUAUCUCCCGUUAGAGCCUUUUUUUUUUUUACAGACUCACGGCGUUGAGUCUAAAAACUACGACUGAAUGCAAGCUCCAAUGUACUCAAAAGAAUGGGCUUACAUUUCAAGUGGCCAUUAGGGGCUCGUAUGCUGGCAGCACUAUAUGCAAUGAGUAUGGUUUUAAAAAUGCUGCCUGCCUUGGGCAUGGCUUGUCCACCAAAAUGUCGCUGUGAGAAGCUGCUCUUUUACUGUGACUCUCAGGGGUUUCACUCAGUGCCAAACACCACUGAAAAGGGCUCGCUAGGUUUGUCACUGAGGCACAAUUCUAUUUCUGAACUUGAAAGGGAUCAAUUUGCAAGCUUCAGUCAACUUACUUGGCUUCACUUAGAUCAUAAUCAAAUUGCAACAGUCAGAGAAGAUUCUUUUCAAGGACUGUAUAAACUUAAGGAAUUAGUCUUAAGUUCCAACAAAAUCUUUCAUUUGCCAAACACAACUUUUAGCCAGCUGCUUAACCUGCAGAAUUUGGACCUCUCUUUUAAUCAGUUAUCCUCUCUGCACCCCGAGCUCUUCUACGGCCUUCGCAAGCUACAGACCUUGCACUUGCGAUCCAACUCCCUGCGGACCAUCCCGGUCCGCCUGUUCUGGGACUGUCGUAGCCUGGAGUUCCUGGAUCUGAGCACAAACCGCUUGCGAAGUUUGGCUCGCAACGGAUUUGCAGGAUUAAUCAAGCUGAGGGAGCUGCACCUAGAGCACAACCAGCUGACAAAGAUUAAUUUUGCUCACUUCCUCCGGCUGAGCAGCCUGCACACGCUCUUCUUGCAGUGGAACAAAAUCAGCAACUUGACCUGCGGGAUGGAGUGGACCUGGGGCACCUUAGAGAAGCUCGAUUUGACUGGGAACGAAAUCAAAGCCAUCGACCUCACCGUCUUUGAAACUAUGCCGAACCUUAAAGUCCUCCUGAUGGAUAACAACAAGCUCACCACUCUGGAUUCCAAGAUCCUCGGGUCGCUGACAUCCCUCACCACCGUGGGCCUCUCCGGCAAUCUGUGGGAAUGCAGCCCAAAGAUCUGCGCCUUGGCCACAUGGUUGAGCGGCUUCCAAGGUCGGUGGGAGCACUCCAUCCUCUGCCACAGCCCCGACCACACCCAGGGAGAGGAUAUUCUGGAUGCAGUGUAUGGUUUUCAGCUUUGCUGGAAUUUAUCAACUGUUGUCACGCCGGUGGCUACCACGUCCGCGGCUCCCACUACCGAGUACACGACAAGGAUCAGCUCUUCUCAUUUCCAUACGGGAGACAAAGAGAUUCCAACUACGGCAGGCAUGGUCGUUACCACCGAAGAACAGUUCCCCGAGUCAAACAAUGCCAUCUUCACGCAGAGGGUAAUUACAGGGACAAUGGCUUUAUUGUUUUCUUUCUUUUUUAUCAUUUUUAUAGUCUUCAUCUCCAGGAAGUGCUGCCCUCCCACACUAAGAAGAAUCAGGCAGUGCUCAAUGAUUCAAAACCACAGGCAGCUCCGCUCCCAGACGCGGCUGCACAUGGCAAACAUGUCAGACCAAGGACCCUAUAACGAGUACGAACCCACCCACGAAGGACCCUUCAUCAUCAUCAACGGCUACGGACAGUGCAAGUGUCAGCACCUGCCGUACAAAGAAUGUGAAGUAUAAUGCCCAGGCGGCCUCCCCAGGUCGAGUCAGAUAAGUAACCUAUUUUCAACUUGUAGGGGGAACCUACAUCAGAUUCUAAUUUUUACAGAGCCUAAUUUUCCAAGCUCCUCACCGGCAAAGGCUGCUCCACGGAGCGGUGCCCUGGUUUUAAGUUGUGUUUUGUCGUCUGCUUUUGG